CAAUGACUUUAGACUCGCUGCAUGAUAUCCAUGGGAGCAACGGACCUGGCUGAGUAGCAUAACAAUAAGCACGGAAAGCUACCAUCGACCACUGUCCUCUCAUCUCCCAUAUUCCGCUCCAACUCCGUCAACAUGGCGAAGAAACCUGCUUCUCACUCAGCAUCCUCAAAGACGACCACGCCCGUCGCCGCAGCCAAACCACCUCCAGCAGCCCGUACAGCAUCUGGCGCCAUUUCUACUCCUUCGACUACUCCAGCCAAGCCUUUGACCUCGAGCUCCUUGUCAGCAAGAUCCUCGCCGCAGGAAAUCAUUGUCCAUGUCUGGAACAGAUACCUUCAAGAUACCCCCUCGCGGACAAUGCUGCUAGAUGUUUUCAUGGCCUGGCUUGUGGUUGUUGGAGGUAUUCAGUUUAUCUAUUGUGUCUUGGCUGGCAAUUAUCCCUUCAAUGCCUUUCUCUCCGGUUUCUGCGCCGCAGUCGGCCAGUUCGUUCUCACAGCUUCCCUACGAAUGCAGACGUCCGAACGACCUCCAACUGGCGCAUCCACAGCAACAAAGAAGACCACAUCAAAAACAGUCGACGCAGUCAGUGGGGAACUGGUGGAAGAAGGGAAAGUCAGCACCGAAAGAGCGUUUGCGGACUUUGUAUUUGGCAGCUUGAUCCUGCACGGCUUCUGUGUGAACUUCAUCAACUAGGAUAUUCGCGAUCAAGAUCUUUUGGUGGAGUUGAGUCAGGAUGGCGAUGGCAAUGGCAUGGUUAGCAACAGGGGCUGACGAAUUGAUGUCAGUCUGGGGCAUUUUUGUAUCCGCAACAGAUCUGCCGACCAGUAUCGAAGCCGAGUCGUCCAUGGCAUGGUAAGCCAAGUGAAGGAGCCUCCGAAUGAGGAGUUUCUGAGCUUUGCAGAAUCGCCCAUGGCCUCGGGAAAGCUGAGGUCUCAGCAUGCUAGCACUACUGUUGACGGGCUGAUCUACUCGUUUGCUCGCUAUACCGGAAGUCAUCCUGUCAGCAUGCAGACCAUAGGGACAUGGCUACAGAUACCACCUGUAAACUAAAAAAGUGUCAUUUCCACUUGGGCAGAAUUGGUACGUCUGACAAAAUAAUAAGUUCGAAACGG